CUGUUUUCACUUUUCACAAUCAUUAAUCAAAAGAUAAACGAUGGCAAAGCCGUAUAGGUGCAUUUCGUCUUUAAUAGAAAGUCCACCAGUAUGCAAUCUAUGCGAAACAAGUGUCAGUGUACAUUCUCGAUGUCUUGAAUGUCAAGAAUUUCUUUGUGAAAAUUGUCGGAAAGUUCACUCGAAAGGAAAAGCUACAACGUCACAUAAAAUUAUUCAGAUAUAUGGUAAUCGAGAUGCUCUGCCAUUUACUAAGUUUAUUAAAUGUACGGAUCAUGAAAAAAGUGAUGUUAUUAUGUACUGCCAAAACUGCGAAAGUUUGGUUUGUUCGGAAUGCAUUGCCAUUACACAUUCUGGACACUUGUUUCAACAGGUAGACUGUGUUUAUAACGUUAAGGUAGAAGAACUAGAAAUGAGACUUGCAGGAAUAGAAAACGAUUCACUAAAGGAAAUUUCAUUGCACAUUAAACGAACCAAGUUUAAAAAAAGACAUAAGAAAUCCGAAAUUGAAUUUUUGAAAGAGAGAAUUAUUCAACUAACAGAAGUACAAAAGAAAGUGUUAGAAAAGAGAAGAGACUCUCUCUUGAAUGACUUAGAUGAUCAUUUCAAUACAUCUGAAAAAAUACUGUGUAAAACAGAAAUGGAUCUGAAUCUAAUUAAAACGGAAUUAAAGGACUGUCAGCAGAUCAUUUACAAAUCACUUUCAUCUUGUGAACGAAUUGGAGUUAUUCGAUCCGCCAACUCAACAAAAGAGAAACUGGAUAAAAUAGAUGUCUCACAGGGAGUACCUGCAAUCGAAUCGCCAUCUUUCGAGAAGAGUGACCUUGACGCAGACAUUUGUCUUGGUGUCGUUUCAUUUUCAUUGAAUACGAAUGGUGGAGAUACUGUUAGCGAAACCACUAAUGGCGUUAAGGUGGAAACAUCAGUUGCUGGUGUCUUGGAUACAGAUUAUCGAUUUAUUUCCUCUGUGUGUCAGCUUAGUGGUGGAUAUUCUUGGAUUGGAAGCUCUAGUGGUGAAACUAUAAUGCUUGUUCAUCACAACGACGAUUUACAGAAAGUAAGCGAACUGAAUGUUACUGCAGAUGAUAUGGCACACUUAGCAGCUGACAAAAUUCUCGUCACUUGUCCAGAUGACCCUAUAAUUCAAACAGUGUCAACAAUUGAUGGUUCUUCUCAAACAUUUUUGGAUGUUUCUCCUCUAUACCCAACAGGUAUUCACAUCAAUGGAAACAAGGACAUUUUAGUGUCCAUGGUUGAGGGACAUCGUUAUAGUUUCAAAGUCGACAGUCAAAGAAAAGUAGUGCGAUAUUCGUCAGAUAAGAAUAUAAAAUCUGAAUAUCAAUUUGCAGGAACAAAAAGACUUUUUACGUAUCCGUACAAACUCUGUGAAAACACAAAUUCAGAUGUCUGCGUUGUUGACAAGUCUGGUGCGUUUACUGGUCGUCUGGUUAUACUAGAUCAGUCUGGAAGUUUGAGAUUUACGUACAAUGGAACCUCAUCUGUGGACCAAAAACCGACGUUCGAUCCAAGAGAUGUUGUUUGUGAUAGCUUGGGUCGUGUUAUUAUUUCAGACUGUGGCAAUCAUACUUUGCAUAUCCUUGACCAUGAUGGUGAUAUCAUAUGUCAUAUUAAUACUGUUAAACUUGGUAUAAAGUAUCCAUGGAGUUUAUCAUUGGAGUCAUAUGUGAAAUUGUGGAUAGGAUGUAAGGCGGAACCAGAAAAAUCUGACACUGCUAAACUUUAUGUUAUUGAAACAGAUAUAGACCAAAUGUGUAUAUAAUUGCAGUGCAAUUUUUUCACAAUUAAGAUUUUAAAAUGUGUAUGAGGAGGAACUCAACGACUUCAAUUGAAAAAUAUUAAAUAUCAUUCUCUGAUAACCUUCCAUAUUUAUAGUAUUGUGUUUUUUCGCAAUUAUGCACUUUGUUGAACCAAUGAUAACUCCAACUAAAUAAAUAUGUAUAUGUCACUCUUCCUGGUUAUAAAGACAAUCAACAAAAUUCCUCAUUGACUCGUAUUUCUCAUUUAAUUUUUCAUGCAAUAAUGUCUCCAACUUAACAAAUGUUCAUAAGACCUAAGUGUUGGGUAUACAAAUAUAAAUAUCAUAUUGAUUUCAAACAAAACACACAUUAGAGACUUAUAUAAAAAGAAAAACAAACAAAAAACUAGUUAUAAUUUUCAUGCGGUCGAUGCA